UAAACUACAACAUUUUCACAUCUUCACUUUGUCUGAUAAUCGCUCGCUAAAUUAUAUUCACACUCGCAUCGAUUAUAGAGAUACAAAACGAAAUUUGAAGAGAAUGGUGAAGCUAGCAUCGGCCCGUGAGAGGCGAAUGUACGGGCCGAGAUUGGCCCGGAACAGAUCGGAGUACAUAAACGCCGGGCUAUAUGUAUUUGCGACGAUCUUGCUUCUGACCGGUUUUUGUUCACAGUUAUCCAACGAGCCCAAAUCCGGGCUGGUUCUUCUGCUAAUUGGGUGUGUGAUAAUGAUGGGAGUGAAUAUUCAUGAUCUUGUUGCCCAUCUUGCCAGUAUCGAUUUCCGAUUCCCGUUAAUGGAGUACGAUGUACAAUUCGGGCUUGUCGAAUUUGGUGUGCCACUGCUUUACACAUUGGGCACUAUUUUGUUUUUCCUGGGCAUUCUCUUUCUUUUCAUCCAGGCGGAGAGAGGUUAUGGAACUCUGGAAAGACAUGCUUUAAGCUUGCUUAUUGCUGGUCCAGUUCUUUGGCUGCUUGGAUCAAUCGAUAACUCGUGUCAGAUAUACGAAAGAGCAGGAGGACAUGUUCAAAUCUUGCAGGAAAGCGUUCUUAUCCCGUUCUUGAUGGGCAGCAUGUUAUUUCUUAUUGGCGCUAUUUUAAAUAGCCGAGAGCAGAUUGGAUAUGAUCACCAUGGCUUGGAACUCGUGGUUCAUAACGCCUAG